AUGCGGAAAGGCAGACUCUCCUCCUCUGCUUCCUCCUCUUCUUCGUCGUCGAAAAGGCAGAGGAGGAGGACGAUCGAGAACGUCGUGCUCCGAAUCCUCAUCGUCGCCGUGCUCGCGAGCAUCGUUCUGUCGCAUAAAAAACAUUCGAAGAUACAGUUGAUGGAUGUUGAAGAUGAUGAAAUGAUGAGGACGAGAAGUAAUGACGACGAGAACGCGAUAUUGGAGGAUUUAGAGAUUGGAGAGUACCAAGACAUGGAGAUGAACGAAAUGUUUGGAAUUAACGGGAGUAGUAGUAGCAGAGGAGAUGAGACGAACCAAGAAAAGAAGACAAAGAAGGUGAAUGUGGAUGUGAACGAUUUUGGAGAGGAAGAGGAAGACAAAGGAGGAGGACGAGAUGGACCGUUGAUACAAAAUCCAACCUCGAUGACGAACGUAGCCUUGCAGAUAACAAAAUCACCGUUUAAUUACAAAGUAGAAGAUUUGUUUUUAACGGUAGAGAAUCACAGACGGUUACAACCGAAAGAUCGGAUACGGUUUCCGUCGAAAAAUUUACCGGCUUCGGCGCCGUACGGAGGAGGGGAUUCCAACGAGAAUAACGAUCCGUCGAUGAAGUUUUACCGGACGUGCGCCGUCGUUUUAAAUUCAGGCGUUUUGACGACGUUUGGGGACAGGAAACAAGGCGAGCGCAUCGAUAAUCACGACGCGGUUUUUAGAGUGAACCAAGCGCCGACGAAAUAUUUCGAACGGUUCGCCGGGAAGAAGACGACGUUGAGGGUGUUGAAUAGAAAGUGGACGCAGAUUUUUAAUCAGAAGAUGGGGAAAGGGUUUCUGUUUGCCGAUACUGCCGGGGCGUCGUAUGUGGUAACGAGAGCGCGAACGACAGAGUUUGAGCAUUUAGCCGCGACGGUGAGAAAAGAAAGAGACGGCGACGUUAAGGUGUUUAGCAUGGCGCACGGCGUGGCCACGAGAGCGCGAUGGACGUUAAGGGCGUUUCGAGAAGGACUGCUUAAGUUACGUCCGAGCAAGCGGAAAAAGUUUCGAGACUUGUCGACUGGUGUAUCACCGAGUAGUGGGUUCAUUGCGAUUUACAUCGCGAGACACUUAUGCGGGAAGGUUGCGGUGUACGGUAUGUCCUUGGAACGGUCUUGGGAAGGAGACACGUUGAGAGCACCGUAUCACUAUUUUACCACCAUGGAUGGACGACACUCGGUGAUGGAUUCGAUUCAGUUGCGCGCGCAUGAAAGCCACGCGUUUGAUUUAGAAGGAGAGUUGGUGAAGACGUGGUCCGAAGCCGGAAUUUUAAGAUUGUGCGAUCCCGCCAUCAAGCGCGAGCGGCAGUGCCAGGUGUACGAGGACGAUUGA